CGCCAGUACCAUGCUGUCUGGGCAUGCGCAUUGCACAGGCUAUAGCUUUUAAUGGAGAAACAUCUUUAAUUCCAGGGUUGAGAGGGUUAUAUUCUGACGACGAUUCAAUGCCGAAAUAUGCGCGACAACAGGCAAUUAUAAUGGAGGAAUACUUGAAGUGAAAAUGAUGAUGUUCUGUAAUUCUCCAUAAUGAAGUCCGGGUGAGGGUUUGCGAGCUAAUCAAAAUUGGACCUAAGCAAUAACAGGAAUCAUGGUGACUAAGAAAAUCCGUACGGAGUACAUGAAGAAAUUCAAAGAGCCGAAAUGGGAGACGUUUUCCAAGUGCUACGAGGACUCGGUGAAGUACAGGUUGACCAGGCGGGUAAUGGAGCACGCUCACAAACCUCUGUGGUUCUGGGAGGGGUGGGAUACCUCGACCGGGUCAGACUCCAGCGCCAGUGGGCGGUCCACCCCCAAGGUGAGGAAUAAAGUCGCGCCUUUAGACAUCAAACUUCAGACAGCACCAGUGAAGUCAGAAUCAAGGGAGAGCCCGGAACCGAAGCCUCCUUCUGUGAAUGGGGAACCAGAAUUGGAGGCCAAGGAGUUUACACUCUCGGAUGCACUACCACCCACAGAGUCUGUAAUAGAGAACGGGGGCCUAAACGAUCCAGAUGAGGGGACAGUUAACGGGUCAGUAGUACAAAAUGGUCCAGUGGCUGAAACGCCAACAGAUGAGGGACCAGCAGACAAGGUGUCAUCAGACGAGGAACCGGUGAAGACUGAGCCUAAGCGUCGCCACCGCCAUCGUGUCCCUCGCUCAGAACUAUGUCAAAGGGACUAUUCCUGUGACGACAUCAAGCCUGUGCCCGUCAGGAAGCCCUCCAGAGCAAAGAGCCAGCCCCCAGCCAUCACCACAGAGAAGGAGAACAGACAACCUUCGUCCCGGCUCGACUGGGCAGAGAGACACGCGUCAUCUGCUAGGAGGUCUACAAAUCAGAGUCGCACAUCUGACGCAUCCGUCCAGACCAGACGGGAGUCGGAUAAACGCUGUUGGGACGUGGACCGCAGGAGGGCACGGUCCGCCGACCUGGAGAAGAUACGGCGGUCAGAGUUGGCCGUGGUGGAUGACCGUUGGAUGACCGAGUACAUGCGCUGCUUCUCUGCCCGGUUGAGGUAGAGCACAAGGAUCAUGGGUAUUCCUCCGCCACCGUCGACCAUUCUAUUUUUAACACCAUGUUUCUUUAUUGAGGAUUGGUUAACAGAACCAAAUAAUUGGAUUGGUUUAGACACCAAUUAGGGCCCUGAGGUUUUCCUGGCCACGUAACCUGACAAGGAAGAACUCAGGGCCCUAAUCAUAAGGUAUGGUUGAUUUGUUAAGUUGAUCGCUGAGUUGGCGAUAUGCCACUUUUCUUCCACAAGGGAUGACACAAUCACAGUAGAAUAUUGCAAGAUAUGUAGUUAUGCUUCUAGAAAUUGGACUGGUUUGUUAUGCUGCUGACUACAGAGUAUGAUUUGUACUGUAUUAUUAGACAUUCCAAGCAUGAUGAUGGUCUUUACACUUCGCUUUAGUUUGGUGGCAUUUUUGACAUUCUGUGUUGCUUAUGUCAUUUCAGGCUAUAUCACAAAGGCAGCUGCAUAAAAUCCAGAAGUUAGAUCAGGGGUAUUCAACCGGGAGUACUUCAGGGGGUCCGCAAUAAUAUAUAUACAAAAGGUUACAGUAGAAAAGAGGAGAAUAUUUUUCUUUUUAACUUUAUUUCUCUAUUCCUAAUAUUGAACUAGUUACACUCAUUAGAGCUAAUUACACUCAUUGGAGCUAAUUACACUCAUUGGAGCUAAUUACAGUCACUGGAGUAUCUGACAUACUGUAGGCUUUGAAAAAGCACCCGCUGGUAAGCUUUCUUGUCUUGGACACUCGUUUUUGUGAACACAUGGCCCCAAAACAAGUUAAGAAGUUAAGAAGAAGUUACCUUUCUAGCUAAUAGGCUAUGUUAGAGUUUACACUUCCUCUUCCAAUUAUAAUGGGGGAGGUCAAAAAAUGAAAAACUAUCUACCAAAUCUAUUCAUUUAAAAAUGUUGAUUAAUUCUCCUUGCCAUUCGCCUGAUGAUAAGACAAGACAUGCGGGGG